GUGAAGGCUAGAAAUGGAUAUCGAAGCGGCGGCGGACUUUGCGAGACAGACCGAGGGACAGCUGCUUGCAAAUAUGUUCACGAUGGCUUCCGUAAUGUUCCACGGUGUACCCAGAUUUCGGCGGCAGCAAUGGGCAUUCGAGCGAAACGAGCGCUGGUUUGAAGAAACACUGCCAUAUUUAGGACACAAGCACUUCAAGCAGGCUUUUCGCGUUUCCCCGGCCACAUUCAGGUACCUCUUGGAGUCUCUUCAAAGUAUCGAGCGCCAAGACACAAACAUGCGAAAUGCUAUUUCGCUUGAAAAGCGUGUGGCAGUCGGACUGUACCGUCUCUGUUCAAGUGCAGAGGAUAGGACUAUCGCACAUCUGUUCGCAAUAGGCCGUUCAACUGUGAACGCGAUUUUUAAGGACUUCUGUGAUGCUGUCAUCCUCCACCUUGAACAGCAAUGGAUCUGUAUGGUGCGCCGUAACGAAAUGGAAUCACACAUGCGAGAGUUCCACGCCGUCACUGGCUUCCCCCAAGCUAUCAGAGCUCUUGGUGGCUGCCACUUACCUGUCUCCCCACCAAAGCUCCAUGCCACAGACUACUAUAACUAUAAAGGAUGGUACAGUAUCAUACUUCUGGCACUCGUAGAUCAUCAGUACAAAUUCAAGUACAUCAACGUUGGAAGUCCUGGAAGAUGUCAUGACGCCCAUGUUUAUGGGAGAUCAAGACUUCGUUCAUUGGUCGAUGGUGAUCACUUCCAGUCACCUGUCGUCACCAUAGAGGGAACCUUCAUUCCACCAAUUAUAUUGUGUGACCAGGCGUUCCCCCUCACGUCAAACUUGCUGAAGCCAUUUGCCAAUGCACCAAAAGGAACUCCGCAAGCAUCUUUCAAUUAUAACCUAUCGAAAACAAGAAGAAUUGUAGAAAAUGCUUUUGGGAGGGUCAAGGCCCGGUUCAGGCAUGUGAUGAAGAGGAUGGAGUGCAACACAACACUAGCAAAGCGUUCCAUCAGAACUGCUUGUACGCUGCACAACAUCUGUGAGACAUUAAGUGACACAGUUGAAGUUCAGUGGGAACAAGACGCACACGCACUCGAUAUGGUGUACGCUCAGCCAUCUCGUGGUACCGAUGUGUGCCACGGUGGCGGGCAAGCAGUAAGAAAUGCCCUUGCCGCAUACUUUUGGAAAAAGUACCAGUCAUAGGUACCAGUUCCAUCGAACUGAUCUCUCGAUGUUUCACUCAUAGUAGGGGACAGAGAGACACGGAACAAGAAGGACGGACGACAAAUCCUCAGACUCAACAAAAGGUUUAUUAAGACAAAAGGACGGAUUACUAAUCACAUUGCCACGUGUGAAUAUCUCAACGGACUGUCACAGUAACCUCCAUUGUUUAUCCCUUUCAACCACAAGUAAACUGGUGUCAUGGAACAACCGAGCACUCGGACAGAUGAACAACCAACUCUGAGAACACUCUUGUGAUGUCAAAAAAAAAAAAAAAAUAUGUUCUCUGAGUUGGAAGUUCAUCUCAAAUAAUGCAGUGGGUGUGCCCUGUUGUUUCAUGAGACCAGUGUACUAGUGGUUGACAUGGAUAAAAGACUGA